AUGGAUUUUAUCAGCUAAAAUCUUGUAGGAUCCUAAGAAGCUAAAUACAAGCUUGCUUUGCAUCUUCAAAACAGGAAAAAAGUCAAAGAGAUGUACAGAAUGAAAGGUGUCUAAAUGCUCGAUAAGCCUGAGUUAGUCAUUUCUGAUAUCUAAGAACCUAAUAUAAAGCCUUAAUAAGCUUUAAUUUAUUAGACUAUGAAAAGCGAAUUAAUAAAAAAGGGCUACUCUGAUUUUAGAUUUUUAGGAUAGGGAGUAUAGGGACUUGUCUUGUUAGCUAAAGAUUCUAAAAAUAAUAUUAGGUAUGCUAUCAAAGGUGUUUAAAUUAGAGAUCCUAACGGAAAUCUUGACAAAGAUCUUAGCGAUAGAGUUAGUUAAGAAGUAGAAAUACUUAAAAAAUGUAGAGAAUCUCCUUACGUAGUGAGUCUUUUAGAUUAAUUUGAAGGAUAACAAUUUAGUUACUUAGUUCUAACUGAGUGUUAAGGAACUCUUACCUAAAUUUUAGAAAGAAACUAAAACAAAAGACUAAAUGAAAUAUCAGCAAUAAAAUAUGCUAAUGAUAUUGCUCAAGGUCUCUACUACAUUCACUCUAAGAGCUGCCUUGUUAAUGAUCUCAAAAUGGAUAAUAUCUUAAUUGACUAUCAUGGAAAUGCAGUUGUUUCUGAUUUUGGUUUGGCAGAUAACCUAAUAAAUAAAUCUGGUUAUGCUUUCAAUCAAUAUAUGGGAAACUUCUUGUAUCAAGCACCAGAGUGUUUUGACCCAUCUGAUCCAUUCAUAGGUAAGGUUUAUCAUGAUGAAUAUUUAAAAUUAGGCGUCACUGUGAGACAAGAGCCAAGCAACAGAGGUUUAGAUUUGAAAUUAGCAUCAAAUAAGCACAAAGAAUUAAAUUAUGAUGAUGAAUUUAAAAAUUUUGUUUAUCACAAAUAGCUUAAAUAUAUUAUAGAAGGAUUAACUAAUUUUGUUCCAAAGAAUAGAAUGCCUAUUAAAGAGGCUUUAAUUAUUUUAAAGGGAAUUAUUUCUUUUGAAUUUUAGUUAGAUGAAAUGCUUAUUGAGAUGAUAGAUGGAAACACUCAGCAGUUCACAAGUUCGCUCAAAAAUGAAAUUGAGUUUAUUUAAGAUUUGUCAAAUAAGUUUUACCCAAUCAUUAAAAACGAACAGACCUUAAACUAAGAGUUAAAAGAAGACGAUCAAAAAAGAUAAUAUGAGGCAAAAAUAGAAGAAUUAUAGAAAACAAAUUUCUAACUAUAAUAAAGAAUUAAUGAAUAAGAAUAAACAAUUCAAGAUUUAUUCUCCAAAUUAGAAUAACCUUAGAAUUAGAUAAUGAAUCAACCUUAGAUUAUGAUGAUACCAGCAAUGAAAAUGAAUGACUAGUCACAUGUUAUUUUUUAAGAAAUAAAAAAUUAGGAAAAGAAAGAUGAAUUACCAAAAGAAAAAAUCUAACUGUAAAUUAAUUUAAUAGAAAUUAAUAAAAAUAUUAUGAAAAAAAAUUUAGCACACAAAAAAGGAUGUAAUUUUAUUCACUCAUUGAACAUAUUCAAAAUUUGUUUAUUUAAAAGGAAGUAAAUAACUUUGAAAAUCGUGAUCAUAAAUUAAUAAUCUUAUUCAUUUAGAGGGUUAUAUUUUUAUCUAUAACUAUUACUUAAUUAAUAUAUUUUUCUAAUAUAGAUUGUAAUCACUAGUCCUUUCCAUAAAAAAUACUAAAUUUACUUAUAUAUUCAAAUAGCAUGUAAAGUUUUUAUCACAAAAUGCUCAAAUUAACUUUCAUAUACAAAAUAGCAUAUAGUAAUUAAUUUUUAGAAUGAUUUUGAUGAGAAAAUAAAUGCUGAAUUAACUAACUUUCAUAUUCAAAAUAGCCAGUGA